AUGAAGAAACCGUACACCAAACUCGUCAUAAUGGUCAAAGGCUGCAAUAUAUGUAAGGGUGUCGGUCCACCAGCUAUCGCCUGCUCUGGUGAAUGCCUGAGGCAAUGGGCAUUAGACAAUCUCCUUCUUCUUGUCACGCUUGUCGGUGUUGCUGUCGGUUUCAUCCUGGGAUUUGCAUUGCAGGAUGCCAAUGUAUCCGAAGACGCGUUGAUGUGGAUAGGUUUACCAGGGGAGUUGUUUCUCCGUGGGCUCAAACUAGCAAUUCUACCUCUCGUGGUCUCCUGCGUGACGACAGCGGUGGCAACGCUGGAUCUACGACUCAACGGUAAGAUGGGCAUCAUGACGUUUGGCUACAUCUGGACCGUACUUUUCAUCAGUUGCAUGACGGGAUUGUUGCUGACGUCAAUCAUUCAGCCAGGUUCUUCGUACAGCGGUAACGUUACAUACAGUCCGUCCAAAUACGAAACAACAGACGUAUUUGCUGAUUUGUUUAGAAACUUAAUUCCCGAUAACAUCAUAAUGGCAUGCAUACAUUCGACUUUCACCAAGUACGACACAGUCGAUAAAGUCGUUGAAGGCGUGAAUGGCACGAAUGAGACAAUCUCCGUCGUGACUGGGAAGUACAAAGAAGUCGGAGGACCAAUGGAUUUACUCGGUGUUGUGAUCUUCUGUAUUAUGUUUGGUAUGGCGAUGAGUGUGGAUAGGGAGCACACGCGAACCAUGUAUGAAGUAUUGAUGUCUCUACGAGUCAUAACAUUCAAGAUAUUGACCGCGUAUAUGUGGACUUUGCCUUUUGGAACCGCCAGUUUAAUAGCUGUCUCUUUGUUGCGAGUUGGUGACAUUUCGUCCGUCUGGAAAUCUUUAGGUUUAUUUUCAGCUGCAAGUAUCAUUGGAGAAACGUUUCACGUCUUCGUCACCCUGCCGUUGAUACAUUUCAUUGUCGCUAGAAAAAUCUUAUAUAAAGUUUACUGGAAGUAUAUAGACGCCAUUUUGAUUGCCAUGAUUACUAAAAGCAGUGCGGCCACUCUGCCGACUCUUAUGACAUGCCUCGAAGUUAACCAUAACGUUAACAAGAAAGUCAACAGUUUCGUACUGCCUCUGUGCUGUACCUUUAACCGUGACGGCUCUUGUAUGUUUAUCAUAUCCGGGUGUCUCUUUUUAGCCCAGGGCGCUGGAAUGAGUCUGAACGUGGGGCAGAUUGUUGUUAUGGCCGUUCUCACCAUGGUGAUAGCGUUUAGUCAGCCAUCGGUACCAAGCGCUAGCUUAGUGAGUAUCGUACAAAUCUGUACAACUACUGGUGUUCCUAUCGAAGCUGUUGGUCUGCUCAUAACAAUGGAGUGGUUGUUGGACGCAAUUCGAACCGGAGUGAACUGCGUUAGUCACGGCGUGGCGUCUGCGACUUUACACUAUCCGCUCGCCAAGGAUCUCGGUGACGAUGACGACGACGAUGAUGAUGAUGACGACGAUGACGAUGACGACGAUAGUGAAGACGAGGAAAGAUCCGUUGGGAAACCAAGAGAAACAAAAAGUAAUGACAUCGAGUGUACGAUCAUGGGAAGAGAGAAUGAGACGGUGCAACCUACUGCCCUUUAA